GAAACCCAAAAGAUGGCACUGGCUUUGCUUCUACUACUGAUGGCUGGUCUAGGCCUUUCCAGCUCUUCUGCUGUCAAUUAUGAACUUCAGGCCAGGACUUUUAUCAAUGAAUCGAGCACACGUUAUUAUAAAUUCUAUAAUGACAUGGCUGCCGAAACAUAUACGGCCAAUGAUGAGGAGGAUUUCGAUGCCUUGUUCACCAAAUUAACCAAUGUGAAACGCAUUGCCGAUGAGCUAGUUCGUAUCUCUCGUGAGGCUAGCGAAUUUGACCUCAGUAAAUUGAGUGAUUUGCGUACAAAACACGCUCUCCAGGAAUUGCGCAGUGUUGGUGAUUUAUUUGUUCUGGGCGAUGAUUAUUUCUCGCUGGUCCAAAUGAAUUUGGCUGCCCUGCAGACUUUGUCCACCGAUAAGGACAUUGAACCCUAUAUGGGUGGCGCCAAAAUGCCCAAUGACGAUGACAGUCCGUUGGCCUAUUUUCCGGAUAUACAGAAGAUUGUUCAGCGUAGCAGCGAUGCCGAUGAAUUGAAAUACUAUUGGGAGACUUGGCGGGAGAAAAAUCAAAUUUGGUCUUCGGUGAAUUUCUAUACAAUUGUUCAGUCUUAUCAGCGAGCGGCGAAAAUCUUAGAAGUGCCGGUUCAUAGGCUUUGGUAUCGCUUUGACGACAGUCAAGAUCUGUUACGUCAGAUGGAGAGGGUAAUGGAGGAAUUGAAGCCAGCGUAUAAGCAGCUCCAUGCCUUUGUGCGUCAUGAAUUGCAUAAGAAAUAUGGCCAGGAGGUGGUCGAUGCAAAUGGACCCAUUCCGGAUCAUCUAUUCCAGCAGGUAUUGGAACAAGCUUGGAGUGAAGGCAGCAUUUUGGAGCAAUACUUUCCACGACGCGAAUUGCCACAAUAUGAUGAUUUUGUGAAGGAUCGCACGGCCAAGGCUUUGAUCAAUGAAUCAGAGAAUUUUUACACCUCUUUGGGUUUCCGCCCUCUUAGCCAGGAGUUCCACAAAUCGCAGCUAAAGGAGCCAAAUCAGCAUAGGCCUGACGAUGAUUGCCGUCCUUCAAUAUUCGAUUUGACUCCGCGUGUUUAUUUGAUGUAUUGCGAAAAGGUUAGCUUCCGCAAGCUAAUGCAAUAUCACUCCCACAUGGCCAGGGUCUAUUAUGCCCAGCAGAAGCAACAAUUGCCCUCGUAUUACUUUAAGGCUUACAAUCUAGAGUAUCCAGUGGGUGAGGCUGUGGUUCUCUCGGCCUCCUCCCCCACUCAUUUGGUUGGCCGAGGUUUGGCCAAGAACGUACAGUUCACGCAGAAGACUCUAAUGAAUCGCCUCUUCCGCAUGGGUAUUCACACCAUCCUCAAUAUUCCACUCUAUUAUGUGCAUACCAAGGUAAUGCAUGAUUUACUCAACGAUUCGGUGGACAUGGACACAGUAAAUAAGCACUAUUGGAGGCUGAUGGAGCAACAUGCAGGCAUUGAACCCCCUUCCGAUCGUGAUGAAGAUGCCAUCGAUUUUCCAUAUAAAUUCUAUGUCAAUAUUGAUCAGAACUAUCAAACUCAGAAAUUCAUUUCGGAAAUAUUGGGUUAUCAAUUUUACAAAGCUCUGUGUAAUUCCACCUCUUUACAAGGUCAACCUCUUCAUAAUUGUGAUUUCUAUGGCAAUUUGGCAGUUGGCAACAAAUUGAAAUCCAUGAUGAAUUUGGGUUCUACAAAACCCUGGAAAGAUGUCAUUGGCAAAAUAUUGACCACGAAUCCCAAUCUGAAUAGUCAGGCCCUACUUGAGUACUAUGAUCCGAUAUUGUCUUGGUUGAAUGCCCACAAUAAGGAGACAAAUGUUAAAAUUGGUUGGUCUGCCACCAAGAAGAAAAUUGUUUGAAACUGUAUGAAAAUGAA